GUUCUCGCCUCCAUAUUCAACGGUGCCAGGCGGAGGGAGGAGGGCUUAUAUACACUUUACCCUCAUCGUUCCAAUUCGUCCCAAUUCGUCCAAUCCUACUGUUGCUCGUCCCCUUUCGAUUGAAUUGAGUUUUGGGUGUUGAGUAAAUUCCAAAAGUCAAUCCGAUGCCCUGUCUCUUAGUCGCGGUUUGUAGGUUGUGCAAUCGGACAAUUAGUUAACAUCCAUCCCUCUGCUGUCACCUUACCUCUAUUCCUCGUUGGUUUUUGGUGCUUCGCGCCUUCCAUGUUCUGAAGGAUUUCUUUCUGUCGCCCCCGUUCUUCUCGUGGACCACGCGUGGAGUCGCUUAAACCCCGCUUGGGUGAAAAUUCAGCUCUUGGGCUGUGAGGACUGACUUGAGUUCUUUGAGGGAGAGGGAAAUCUGAAGCGGGGUUGAUCGUCUUGGGAAAGAGCGGGAAGUUCGUUCCUUGAGUUGUGCUGGACGAUCAAUUAAGGCUUGUGCCGGUGCCCUUGUUCAGAUGGUUUUGGCUCAACUCGGUUUGUAGUCAUGUUUUCGAGGCAGCUUUGUUCAAAUCCUCAUUGCAAGCGGACCUCUCCGGGGGAUGGACCGACCUGUCGGUGGCAUGUACGGAACUAUGGGAGCCAGAAGGACCCUAAACAUGUCACCCUCUGCAAUGCUUGCAAGAUCAACUUCGAUCAGGGAAAAUUCUGUCCUUUCUGUGUGCAAAUUUACCGCGAGAAGGAUCCUGACUCUUUCGACGGGAAGGAGUGGGUAGGCUGCGACAACCGAACUUGUCGUCGUUGGGUUCAUGUGGAAUGUGAAGUUAGUGGAGGCAACCAAGUGGAUUCCACAGCAUUUUACCUCUGUCCCAACUGCAGAGAGAACACGCAGGAAUAUGCGGAGAAAAAGCGAUGUAGUCGCUUGCCUCAAGAACAACCAGCAGUGGUUGCUACCUGCCAGACCUAUGCGGAUAAUAGUUCUUCUGAGCUUGAGCAGAAGCCAAAGGUGUCUUUAUCCCUGAGAAGCACAAGACGACCCUUGCAAGUUGAUCUGUCCAAACUGGAUACAUCUUCAUUGAAGCGGUAUCGGCGUGUCUACAAUUUGAGGGAAGUGACGGGCAGCGGCAAGGAGGAGCUCGUUCCAGCUGUUGCUCAACACUUUGCUGCUCAGGUUGUAGAGGAGAACGAGACGCUGCUCUCCUUCGCCUUUUUCCUGAAGAAACAACAAACUUUUGCAACCUCAUCUAUGACCCAGCAUCAGGUUGCGCACCCAGUAGCGAAGUAAUCCGAAUGUUGUCCACUGAAGGCAGUACAGAGAACGAACCAUCCAAUGCAUUGCCCUCUGUUCUGCUCAUUCUUGUAACUGUACAGUCUCUUCGCUAUUUUCAAUAUGCAGCUUUGAAACCACUCCUUCAUGGAGGUGUAACAUAUGGCCAAGAUCCACUUAGCAGAGAUUAAAGGAUAACUGCUUGCUAACGUGUCACAUCAGAUUCCUUAUUUCUUUGGGCGCGACACUGGCUCUGGACAUCGGGCGGACACUGGACUGGUGGACAAUGUUACAGGGUUAAUUCGAUAUAACUAGAGGCUUUAGUUCAAAUUUUGCUCACUUGAUUCCCUAUUAGGCCUUCCAGGGUAAAGAUGAUACACUAAAAUCGAAUGAUCAAACUUGUUCCGACCUUGGAGGUCGAAAUUGACCUACCAUCGCGACUGACGGUCAGGAUUUUGAUUCGAGUAAGACUGAGGUUUGCUACCAGCACGAUUUAAAUUACAGCAGUCCUUACCGAUUUACAACAAACGAUCCGGUUAACAUAUUUUAAUAUCUUUUUUUUUCUUUCCUUUUU